GGGGUCUUACGUCGCUUCCGGGAGACGCGUUGGCAUUUCCUAAACACAGCAGUGCGCUCGCUCAGAGGAUUUCUCUCUACUGUAUCGUCUCAGGCCGGGUUUGAUCCGUGUGUGUGGACUGUCAGUAUCGGGUGAACGGCGACCUACUUCACCACGAAUCCGCUGGUUUUCAACUGGACAUGAACAGGUUGCCCUGACAUGGACACAGAGAUGAUUCCUAAAUUUUCGACAAAGGACGAAGAAGUAGAUUACUGGAAAACUCAAGCUCUCAAAUACAAAAAAUGUUGCCAGGAAGCCCAAGAGGAGCUGUUGGAGUUUCAGGAGGGCAGUCGUGAGCUGGAGGCAGAACUAGAGGCACAGCUGGGUCAGGCUGAGCACAGACUACGAGACCUGCAAUCUGAAAACGAGAGACUGAAGAAUGAAGUGUCCAGCCUGAAGGAGAAGUUGGAGCAGCAGUACGCCCAGAGUUAUAAACAGAUCUCAAUGCUGGAGGAUGAUCUGGGGCAGACGCGCAGCAUCAAAGAGCAGCUUCAUAAAUACGUCCGCGAGCUCGAACAGGCCAACGAUGACCUGGAGCGGGCCAAGAGGGCCACGAUUGUCUCGCUUGAAGACUUUGAGAGUCGUCUAAAUCAGGCCAUUGAGAGGAAUGCCUUUUUGGAGAGCGAGCUGGACGAGAAGGAGUCUCUGCUUGUGUCUGUUCAGCGACUGAAGGAUGAAGCUCGAGAUUUGCGACAGGAGCUUGCUGUUCGUGAGAGGGCAUCAGAUAGAAUGUCUGCGCCAAGCUCACCCACUCUGGAUAUUGACAAGAUCGACUCUGCAGUUCAGGCCUCUUUAUCAUUACCAGCAACACCUGUAGCAAAGAGCAUAGAGCAGGCCUUCACUGCUCCGAAAGCUUUGUCCAACGGUACCUCAACCCUUACUCCUUCUGCUCGGAUUUCAGCCCUUAAUAUAGUUGGUGAUCUCCUCAGGAAGGUUGGGGCUUUGGAGUCUAAACUCGCUGCUUGUCGAAACUUUGCCAAAGAUCAAGCAGCAAGGAAAAACUAUGAAAACGGCACACUUAUCAACAGCAAUGCGACCAAGUUUUCUCACUCUCUUCAUACCACUUACUUCGACAAAACGACUGUUAAUGGAUUGGACCCAAGCCCAUUGACCUCCUUGAAAACUUCUCGAGCUGUGUCUCCACCGGGAAUGCUGCCUCUGAGUGUGUGAGGUGCCAUCCUUCCACAACAAUAUCAAACUAUGACACAGAGGGGACACUUUUAAGACCGUUCAAGUUUGGAGUGAAAGGAACGUGUGAAUGGCUGUUUGAGAGGGUUUUUAGACUGGAGUGAAUGAGCUAUUACCGUAGUAAUGGAGCUCAACAGUGACCACUCACCGCAAGGUUACUGAAGACAUUUUCCAUUAAUUUUGCCCAUUGACAUAAAAAAAAAAACAAAAAAAACAUUAGUAUGAAAUAUUGCUCAGGUCUAAUCAGCUGUGUAGUAACUAAUGAUUACAAGAUCUAAAAUUGUAUUCACAAUCUAGUCUGAAGCUUUAUAAACCUCAAAAGUUAUUAAAACACUGAAUUUUAGUUGUUGUUUUUUUUUUUUUUUUUUUAAAUGGACAUUAGUUACCACAUAGCUGAUUUGCCUCAGUUGUAUCUUUUUAAACUCUUAAUAUUUACAUUUUCCAACAAAAAAUUGAUGGAAAACUGAAUUGUGGAACUUUGGCGGGCUUUGACUGUUGAGCUCUGUCCCUCUUGAACGCAGCUCUGAAAUCUGACAUUGACUAAGGUUGUGGUCAUGUCUACGCACAUUUCAACCACUUUCUGCAUGUGCCUCAAGCUGUAAGGCUGUAUUGAUGUCACUGCAAAGGUAAUGCUCUAUAUAUUACAUUCACAAUAACAGUUCAGUUACUACUACUGCUUAUGUUCUCUUUUGCACAGUUAACGAUUCAACAUAUUUUAAAAGGGACUGUUUGUAUGAAUGGAUUUUGCACAUUUGACCGUGAAGCUUUAAAAUGGCAUUUGUUUUCAUGCAUGUGUUAUUUAUGAAAGGGGCAUGGCUGGACCUAUUGCAUUGUAUGACUGAAGUGAAUGUUGAUCGUUCAAAGCAAUGUAGCCAGUAUUAUUUUUUAUUUUAUUUUAUUAUAGGCUGCUUGCUACAUUUUUAAUUUUUUUAUUUUUUAAUGCAUUUUCCGUCAAACACAUCUGUCACUCUGCACUUGAUAGGAAGACAGCACAGUAACUGUAUUUCUUUGACAAUUUAAUGUUUUAUUUGAAUUUCUAUGCACAGUUAUUUAAAUUGUAACAGGCUCUUGGUAUAUAUCUCAAGAUUACUGUUUUAGAAAGCUAGUGUCUUUGAUUUUAGCAGUUUUGACUUGCAUACCUCUUAAAUCUGUAUGUGCAAAAUGAAUAUGUUCAAAUGUAUUUAGCAUCAAAUAAUUUCGACUCAUUUGAAUUGUCUAUUGUUGCAUCUUCUAUCUUUUGGAAAAUGACUUGGAGCAUUGCGUAAGCCUGCUUCAUAUGUUCUGCCGUCACUGUAAAUAGCCUGUAAGACUGGUUAGUUUACAUUUGUAAAUACUGACUUUAAAGCUAAAGUCUUAUUUAUUAUAUUACAAAUUGCAUAUGGCAUGAGUUUGGAUACUGAGAUUCAUACUGUGGAAAGUGUAUUCAGUUAACAGUUUGUCCAAGUUGUUUAAGUAAA